GAGGAACUACUAAAUUUUGUGCAGAGCAAAUCAUUCAAUAAACAACAAAAAUGCUGGACACUAUCGUCUACAUACCCACCAUAUUGGCGUACGCUUUCAUUUCGCUGCUCGUCAUUAUCCUUUGUUUCAUCGUAGUCUACAUCAGCCAUAGAAUUUAUGUAUGCCUCUACGAUAAUCUGCCCGUGGCGCAUGCGGCGCUCUCAACCAUAAUGAGUGUGGAUUCCAAGGACAAUGCGCCGACCAGAACUCAUAGCAGCAUUUUGUUGCGCUCAACGUCUGGUAUAAAUGAACGCAAGACGAAAACAGGUUAAAUUUACUAGUUUGAAUAGAGCUGCA